CAAUCACUCUCACUUUUCUCAUAUAAUAUAGUUUUCUGUCGGUGAUUGAGAGAAGGGAUAGAACAAAUUUAAACAGAAAACAAACCAUUUUCUUCUCAAUUUGCUUCUGCUUUCCCACUCAUCUUCAGUUCCACUGUUACCCAUAUAUACAUAUACACACCUCUAUUGUAUAUAUAUAGAAAAAGUGUGUGUGUGUGUGUGUGAGGGAGAGAGAGAGAGAAAUAGAGAUAGAGGGAGGUAGAUGGCAUUGAAUAGAGCUGGAUCGUGUAAUCCGGCCGUCGUGAAGAUCGGAAUUACUUUCUUGGGGCUGUGUUUGGUGGGUUAUCUACUCGGUCCACCUUUAUACUGGCAUGUUCUUGAAGGGUUAGCCGCCGUACGCCGCUCAUCCUCCGCCGCUUCCUGCCCUCCCUGCAAUUGCGACUGCGAUUCUCAGCCGCUCCUCUCCAUUCCUCAAGCAUUAAGCAAUGGUUCAUUCACAGAUUGUGCAAAACAUGACCCUGAAGUAACGGGAGAAACAGAGAAGAAUUUCUCAGAGCUUCUAUCAGAAGAACUAAAGCUUCGUGAAGCUGAAUCUUUAGAAAGUCAACAACGUGCUGACAUGGCACUUCUUGAAGCCAAAAAGCUAACAUCACAGUAUCAGAAAGAAGCUGAUAAGUGUAAUUCAGGAAUGGAAACUUGUGAAGAAGCGCGUGAAAAAGCCGAAUUGGCUUUAUUAUCACAAAAACAACAAACUGAAAUGUGGGAAUUAAGAGCUCGACAAAAAGGGUGGAAGGAAAGCAGCAAUGCAAGGUUAUCGGUGGUGGUGAGGAAAGAAGGUUGGGGGUUGAUGGCAAUGUUUGUGGUGGUGGUGAUUGUUAAUAGCAGUGGUCAACGACAUGGUGGCUGCGGCGACUACUAUGACGAGAAACAUGGACCGACUGAGUUGAGUUAA